GGUGUCCCUCUCGCGCUCAGUCCGCUUGAUGCCGCGGCUCCGGCGGCUCUGAGCAGGACGGACGCACCAAACGCUGCGCACUUUUCCUCCCUUUUAGGAGAUGAUAGCAGGCGGACCGCUCCCACCUCGGACUGUUUUUGGCUUAUUCUAAUUAUUUUUGAAUUAUUUUUUUUUUGUUUUCUCGCUGGGUGACGCGCGCUGAAAUCAGCUGGGUUCCUGCGAUGACAGAGGUGGAACCCGUGUUGGACUUCGCCUCCUCGGGGCGCUCAGGGAGGAGGAAUGCCCUCCCCGACAUCCUGGGCUCUCCGGCGGGCGUCAACCCCGGCGACCUGCCUCUGAAGCUGGCUGAGCUGUCCCUCAAAGAUGGUCCAGGAGGGGCCCAGUCGCCCACGGCGGAGGAGCCUCCGGCGCCGCCGGAGAGCGCGGAAGGCAAAGAGGGCUCGUAGGGACUUGUUUAUUUGCCUCCCCGGAGAACCUGCAGCGGUGACCUGAGAGGUGGGAACGAGCGGCGAGGCGGAGGGCGACCCGCGGGGGAGAAUGAGUGACGGUCUGCGGAGAGUCGGUCCGUUUCUGGAACAGCUGAGAUCCACGGAGAGUGAAGGACAGACUCCCCGAGGACUGCAGCCAGGAGCUUAGGACUGUUUGGCACGUCAGACGUCAGACACUACUCCCAGAAUAUAAAGGACCGUGAAAGAUUGUGUACCGUACACUACUAUUUUUGUAUGAUUUAUUUAAAACUGAAGAAAACAGGGACACUGUAAUUCCUUGCAAUUCCUUGCGAUUUUUGUUGUCUUGUGAUGGUGUGUUAUUUUAUGUCAGUUUUAGAGGUUUCACAGCCUGUUUUCUUUCUUUUUUAUUUUUUUUUUUUUUUUGUUUUUUUAAAUGGUGGGUGACUCAAGAAACCUGGAAUUCGUAUUGUUGGGCUCAUUUACACCGUGUACGGUCUAAUUUCAAAUCAGAUCUGCACUACAAAUGUACAGUUUUUACCCCUCAUCACCAGACUGUUUGCAUCCUAAGAGCUACAAGCAGGGAACCCGUCCACUUUUUAUACGCUGUCCGGAUGUUACAAGGUGGACUCGAACCAAAGUGGACAUCUCCAGACAUUCCUCUAGAGAAUAGUGUCACACUGCCAACGAUGCACACACACUGCUACAUGAAAACACUUAGAAGAGUCUAAGAUUUCCCUGUUUAGGGCUGCUUUCUCUACUCCCCUCCUUUUCCAAACCUCUGAAAAUGUGCCUCGUGGCAGUUUACAACCGUGUGUUGUGUUCUUUCUCUGUGAAGUACUGUUAUUCCCACUCCCUUUGGGCUACUUGAUAUUUCCUCACUUUUACCAGGAGGUAUUGUCUUUACCUGCUUGGACUGGGAAGAAGAAGAAGAAGAAAAAAAACACUUAUCUAAGAAAACAUCCACUGAACGUUUCAUUUUGCAGCAUAUUGCCCUUUUUUUCCCGGGCGCAGGGAGUCGCCGCAGCGUCUUUUUCAAGUGCCGAAAACGGCCGCACGCUCGCCUUCUGCAAGUCUGUUCGCACUCAUCAACACAUACGCCGAGCUGCGAACGGGUCGCAGGGCGGGGGAUCAACAGCGAGAGUUCGCCGCUUCGUCAGCCAGCCACUCACCGCUUCUGUAUAUAUAUAUGAAAACUGUAUCGUAGUAGAGUCCAUGUAUGACAUACAUGCUGCCUAUAGGCUGUGUUUGCAAACCGUUCCCACAAGGAAAUGAUGUUUCUUGUAACCGUCUCUAUUUGAAGGUGUGUCGCCGGUGGCUGUGUCUCUCUGUGGAUGUAUUUCACAACAUGCAACGAGGGGAAACCGGUGUCCAACGGUCCGAGCUCUGGUCUCUAUGCUGUACUGCGAUCAACACUCACGAGGAAGUGAUCCAUCCACAUUUUUCUAACGAUGAAUCGGAGGUGUAUUUUGUAGUGUCCUGAUCUCUUGAGUGGUGCGUAUAUUUUAUUUAGCUGGGUCGAAUCCUUCAUGCUGAUUCUAUCUGGUGGUGGAAAUUGCCAUAUUAAAAA